AUGAAGUUUCCUGGUAAGAGAGAAGCCAGAAAAAUAAAAGGCAAAAAUAUAGAAAUUGCUGAAUGCUAUUAUCAUGGUGGCACUUAUACUCGACAAAUGAUUGAAAAAGAAGUUGCAAGGCUUCAGGCUCGAUAUCCUAACAAAGUAUUCCGAGUUUCACUUCUUUAUGAAAAGCCAAUGUCUGGUAAUAAAUUCGGUUCACAAGAUCCAAUAUCAUUAUUUACUCUUACAGACCAUUAUGACGAAUCACAAAUGCCAGAUCCAGAAGAUAGGCCUCUAGAUCCUGAAACUUAUGAAAGAUUCUGGGCUUAUGGAACAAAAUGGAAACUCCCUCCAGUAAUUAAAACUCCGGAAUUAUUAAAAACAAGAUUGCGUCUCCAGAGAAAUGAUCCUAUUCCAGUAAGCCUUAUAGACGAAGUAGAAAUGGCAAGUUCCAUAGCUAUUAAUAUUACUUACAGGGAGGAUUAUAUAAAUUAUACAGCAGAAUUAUAUGAUGGCAAGUCAUUUUCAACUAUUCCCCUUGUCAAGUUUAAAAAGCAGAUUUAUAGCUCUCCUAAAUAUUGUUAUAUUGAGGUCCGGAAAAAGAAAGAUAAAACUUUGGAAACUCUUACAGAAGCAUAUACUAGAUUUAAUGAAGAAAGGGAUGCACUACUUGAAAAGUUGAAAAAAUUUGGCAUUCCAAUGGAUAUAAGUAUGUGCGGUGGUAAUGAAAAAGUCAUGGCUUUAUGGGCAUUUGAGCAGUGCAGUCUUAGUAUUCCAGCCAAUGAACCCUUAGAUCCUCAAGAGGCUAAAUGGAUUUCCGACACAAUGAGAGGUGGAUUAAUAUGGGCCAAAAACGAAUGGAAAGGUUAUGGAAGGCAAUAUUACUUUACUAGCAUGUAUCCUUAUUUAUUACAAAAAUACUUCUUUCCUAUCAAAAAGGGAAAAUUUGAUGUGAUCCCAGAUUAUAUAUACAAUAACCGAGGAAACAUGAUUUCUUACUAUGGUAUUUUCCAUGCUGAAGUAGAGCUUCAAGAGGAUAUGAGAUCUGUCUUCUCAUAUAGUAAAAUAAAUAAAUACACACAUCAUGAUUUAAAUAAUGCCAGAGCACUUGGAUUAAAAUAUACAUUAAUUCAGGAUGGUACUCCAAAUGCAUUGAUUUAUGACUCAAAAGCAAUAUAUCCUGGGGCAGUUAUGUUUGGAGCAAUUGUAGAGUUCCUCUUUAAGAUAAAAAGUGAGGGUGGUCCAGCUGGGCAAAUUGCAAAGCACAUUAUUAAUAUAAUAUGGGGAGCAUUAUCCCAAAGAAGCUAUAAACAUGAAUUAGAAGAUGACUCAUUUGAAAUUCCAGAAGGUGCCAUUAUAGAAUCUCUCCAUCCAGUAGAAUAUAGGAGAGUAUCAUUUAAAUUGUCUUAUCCAGAUAAAUUAUUUAGAGGCGAAUAUCCAAGAAUUGCACCAUUUCUAACUGCUCUUGCACGAAAAAUAGUUUCAGAAGAAAUCCAGCCUCAUAAAAAUAAAGUUAGACGAAUUCAUACAGAUGGAUUUGUCCUAGAAGAAGACUCUAAAAACCUUCCACUUAUAAAUUGUCCAGAAGAUGCUUCAAAGACUCUUGGUGCUCUUAAAUUCAAAAAGGAAGGCAAUUGUUAUGUCAAGAAUGCCAAUCAAGUUGUAUGGUCUUAA